CCGAUGAUAUGCCCGCUUACCUUGUCAUGUUUUACAUGUCAAAAUGUUCCAAUCGCUGCACCGGACCUCGCCUUGCUCUCUCACUAGGAAGAACGCGCUGCCCAGAAACAUUGCGCUGCCAAGACUCCACACGAAUAGCACGGCAGUCGAAGUCCAUGAAUCAGUAUCACAUAUUGCAAGGAAACUAGGACAUGGGGCUGUGACCGUGGCAGCGGUCGCCAGCCUGGUGCUUGGCGGUGUGCCUGCGGUGCACGCCACGGAAGUGGCGCCCAGUCAGUGCCUGGCGGCUGCAGUCACGCCCGUCACACCCAACCCGCUCGCGGACCUUGCAGCGGGCUUCUUUGGUGGCGGCGAUGCCGACUCCACUCCCGCAGAGCGCGAUCCAAUCACGCCCUUCACCCUGUACGGCACGUCCUUCAAGAAGUACCUGAUUGAGCAGCUGCAGGGCGAGAAGGUGAUAUCCCGCAAGAAGGGCUUCACGGUGGACGCGUGUGUGGGCGCUGUGGAUAUCACCCAGGAGACGCCGCAGUUCCAGGGCCUGCCCACCGGCGAUAAGGCGCUGUAUGCCAAAGACCGAGUGUGCAAGAAGGCGGAGGGCCAGGAGCUGAAGGACGUGUGCCGUACCGCCUGCGAGUCCGCAUGCAACGAGGCGAUCGACCUCUACGCCAAGCAGGUCAAGGAAGAGACCGGCUUCGCGCUUCUGGAGAGCGACAAGGCGCGGCUGGCCAAGAGCUGCUCUCGUAACUGCUCGUAUGAGUGCAUCAAGCCUGGCAAAGCGUUUGACUUCGUGAUUCCGUACCGUCGGUGAUAAUACCAACGCCGCUAAACCCACUGCUGCUCUCGGACCGGGAACGUGUGCAAGGGGAUAAGUGGAUGGCACCUCUUGACGUGGGCACGAUGGUGACGUUCUGUAAUCUUUUGGCGCCCAGUGCUCCAGGGCGGCUACUGGGCCACGUCGGGGCAUACGCAAUCGUGGGGGUGUAAGGGCUCUGAGGCGGUAAGUGUGGAACAUGCAGCGCGUAGUGGAAAGGCCUGCACGGACAAAGCGGUGCUCGACUCGAAUUCCGGUGUGGACACAGCGUACGGAGAGGGGUUCGCCGCCGCUGGGUACCGGUAUGUGUGUGCUGGUGCGGCGCCGACGUAUCUGCGUCGCACCGCUGCAAUUUUACAGUUUUAUGCUCGCGCAGCUCCGUUAAUAUUGUAGCGCUGCGUAUGAUGGCAUGCAGUUUUCCUCCCGCGUCACCUUUGGUUGCAAGGCUUGUACCAUCUGUCCAGUGCGUUGUGUUUCCCAGGGUUGCACACCCUGCUUGCAUUCUUGUAUGCGAGGUGCGCACACACGCAGGCCGUGUGAUUGCGGAGAUGCAGAUGUAGAAAUCCAGCAGGGGGCCGUACGGGUGACCUUAUGGUAAUCAGUUUCGCUUUGGUAUCGUCAGUCAGCUAGAUGCUGCUAGGGUGCAGCUGGAUGCGGCGGCUGGCACGGCGGAGGGAUGCUGUGGGCUUAGGGCAUUGGGCAGAGUGGCAGCUUGCAUGCCCUGCUGUUGAACGUGUGCAGGGACGUCGGGGUGCAGGGAGCGGAGCGAUAGGUCCGUAAUGUGAGGAGCUAGAUAGGUCGAUCCUGUAUCAGCGCUAGCCCUCUAACACCGUCUGAGUGGUCGUCUGUCCUAGGCGCAAGCUCAACACAUUGUUCGCGUGUGGGGACGCCGCGUUGGCGAGAGCCACGGAUGGCCCUAAUACACCAUGGGAGCACGUCGCACCCGUGGAGGCACUGUACAGACACCCGGUCAAUGGAAUCACUGGAAUCACUGUAGCCUGAGGUUGCGGGUUGGGCUGCGCUUUUUAGGGACGUUGUAGCUUCGGUUCACGGAUGUUCGAGAGUGAGUGUGGGCGGACGUGUGUGCGGGUGUGUCUGUCUGUGCGCGUGUGGGAAAGUGCAGCAGUGCACUCGUGGCUGUACUCACGUGCAGUUCCAUGUCGAGGGUGUUGUGCGUAUGCAUGUCGUUGAGCCCGGUGGUAGUCCCCUGGAUGAAGGUGCCGCGGACGUGCCACGGCGGCGGCUUGAUGGCGGCGGUGGUGGCGGUGGCGGGCGGCGUUCAGACAGAGUUCAGACGUUAGGACCUGGACCGGCAGUGAACGCGGCGUUUGGAGUAUUUAGUUGCGGAGAAACACGGAGACGCGGGGCUGCGGCGGCCAGUGCACUAGUGCAGUGUCCAGUGCGCCAUCCCGCGAUGGCUGUGCCGCCCCGUGCCGCCUGCGAGUGGUCGCGCUAGACAUAGCACCAGGGUGGCAAUAGGUUGGGGUGUUGGCGUGUUGCUGUUGGAGUCUUACAGCAGAAGGGGCGGCUCAAACCGCCGAUUCUGAUCGUCCUGUCCUUGGUGCCUAGGUCGGGGUGCCGGCGUCCCCAUGCCUGGGGCCGCAGUGCCCCACUGUGCCCUGGAAGCGCCUGCUCUCGCACAU